AUGGUCUCCAUUGAAUCCUCAAGAAAAAAUCCAUCUUGUGAUUAUGUACAAGGAUUAUCAAUGAAUACAUUCGCAGCAACACAUGUUAUGCCUGAUAUUUAUUGUCCUAUACAACAACAAGAAAUAUUAGGAUAUCCAACCGAUCAAUAUUAUAGAAAAUAUCCAACAAAAAAAACAAAAUUACCUGUUUUAUUAUUGCAUGGUGAUAUGGAUUCAUCAUUACCAGUUCCAAUCGCAAGACAUUUUGCUAAACAAUAUUCAUUGAUAAAUUCGAAUUUUACUUAUAUUGAAAUGCCGCGUACAGGACAUACAGCUACAAGUGCAGCACCAAUGACAGACGAAGAAGGAAAUUGCGGUUGGAAUUUAGCUGUAACAUAUAUGUUAUCACCAACAUUUGAACCUGAUCGUUCAUGUUUAAAUAAAAUUAGUCAAAUUGAUUUUGCUGGUAUAACAACAAAAAGUAAACAAGCAGCAAUGCAAUAUUUCGGAACUGAUGAUGUGUGGGGUAUAAAAAAAACACAUGAAACAAUAGCAAAUAUAGCUAUGAAUAUUAAAUAUACAUUGAGGUUAAAUGUUCCUAUUAAUUGGAAUACAACUAAUUUGACAUCAUGUACACAAACUAUUGAAAUAUAUGUUAAACGUUAUUUUAUCUUUGGAUUUGAAAAUAAUUCUCAUCAUUUAUGGCGAAUUCCUGGUGGUGGUGGUAUUCCAGUAUCUACAUUAGAAUUUGAAGCAAUUGGUGUUGUUAGUACAUUAAAUGGUUCUGUAUCAAUGUAUGUUACAGAUAAACGUGGUGUUGGUAAAAGUAGUUUAUUAGAAUGUCCAAGAUCAAUAAUUAAAAAUUUAACAGCUUGUUUACCAUAUAUAAAAGAUAAUGAAUAUCGUUUAAAACAAAAUACAUAUACAAAUACAGCACGUGAUUUAGAAUAUGUUGUUAAAAUAAUUAUUGGUAAUAAUCGUCAAUAUUUAAAAUCAAAUCAACGUGUUAUAUUAAUGGGAUCAAGUCAAGGAACUUAUCUUUUACAACGAUAUCUUUAUAUAACUCAAGAUGAUGAACAAGUUGAUGGUAUCAUACUUGAUUCUGUAUUACCAACUGAUAUAACACGAUUAAUUCAUGGUGAUAAAUAUUUAAAUUAUAUAUUAUUAGAUUUAUUUUCACGUUGUUCACAAGAUGAAGAAGGAUGUUCAAAAUAUUUUAAAGAUAAAAAUCCAAUGCGUGCACUUUAUACUUAUAAAAUGAAUGAAGAUUUUCAAACAAAUUCAUCUUAUGUCAUACAUUUUUUAUCCAAAUAUGAUGCAACUUUUACUGCUUUAAUCUAUCGAAUAAAUCGAUGUAAUUUCGAUGAUAAAAAUGUUUUAAGACAUUUUAUAAAUGUUACUCAACCACCAAAUGAAGAUGAAGCACCAGGAUAUUCAAUAUUAGUUGAAUUAAAUAAUAAUUUAGCUGAAUUAUGGUCUCCUUUAAAUUCUCAGGAAAAAAAUCCAUCUUGUGAUUAUUUACAAGGAUCAUCAAUGAAUACAUUUGUAGCAACACAUGUUAUGCCUGAUAUUUAUUGUCCUAUUCAACAACAACAAAUAUUAGGAUAUCCAACUGAUCAAUAUUAUAGAAAAUAUCCAACAAAAAAAACAAAAUUACCUGUUUUAUUAUUACAUGGUGAUAUGGAUUCAGCAUUACCAGUUUCAAUAGCACGACAUUUUUCUAAACAAUAUUCAUUGAUAAAUUCAAAUUUUACUUAUAUUGAAAUGCCACGUACAGGACAUACAACUACAAAUGCAGCACCAAUGACGGACGAAGAAGGAAAUUGUGGUUGGAAUUUAGCUGUAACAUAUAUGUUUUCACCAACAUUUCAACCUGAUCGUUCAUGUUUAAAUAAAAUUAGUCAAAUUGAUUUUGCUGGUAUAACAACUAAAAGUAAACAAUCAGCAAUUCAAUAUUUCGGAACUGAUAAUGUUUGGGGAACAAAUGAACCACAUGAAUUAACAACAAGUAAACCAAAUGAAUUAACGACAAAUAAACCAAAUGAAUCAACAACAAAUAUAGCUAUUAAUAUUAAAUAUACAUUGUCUAUCAUUAUUUCGAUUUUUAUUAUAUACUUAACAUCAUUUUAA